UCACCGAUCAAUGGAAAGAGCCGAAGAUAUUGGCUCAGUCAUGUGAUCAGCUGUGUUCAAUCACAGCUGAUCACUGAUCAUCAGGGCACUGAUGAUCAGUGUGCCCUGAUGAUCAGUGUAGCCUUAGCAGUGCCACCUGUCACUGUACAUCAGUGACAGCUGUCAGUGCUCAUCCAUGCCACCUGUCAGUGCCCAUCAGUGCCACAUCAAUGCCACAUAUCAGUGCCCAUCUGAGCUGCCUUUCAGUGCCACCUAUCAAUGCCAGUCAGUGCCACCUAUCAGUGCUGCCAGUGCCGCCUAUCAGUGCCAGUCAGUGCCGCCUAUCAGUGCCAUGAGU